AUGACCGAUGAAAAUAAGGAUGGAAUUGAACCAAUUGCCGAGAAGAUCAGAUCGAGCAAGAGCGUUACCGUCGCUUUCAAGUUAAAUGGAUCGAAUUACUCACUAUGGGCACGCCUAAUGAAGGUGGCCAUUGGCAGUAGGGGAGUCUACCGCCACAUCACAGGAAUCUCGACUCCACCGAGACCGGGAGAGAAGGGAUACACCGAUUGGGAGGAGAUUGACUUGAUAGUCUUCUCAUGGAUCAUCGACAACAUGGAGACACAUAUCAUCGCCGACUUCGCGCAUCACCAGACGGCGAAGUCCCUAUGGGAUACGCUCGCCGUGACGUUCGCGAGUUCAGCCGACUCGUAUCUCAUCUAUGACCUGCGAGAGAAAGCAAGUAGAAUCGUUCAGGGAGAUACAAGCUUAGAAGCAUAUUGGAGUAAACUCCAUGGAUUAUGGAUGGACAUCGACCGAUGCCCACACAAAACUGUCGAUUGCUGCGAUAAAGGGGUUUCUCAAUACCGAAGCAUCAAAUCCGAAUUGAGAUUAUUCAAAUUUCCUACCGGAUUAAACGAGAAGUAUGAUUGGGUCAGGCGUGAAAUCCUCAAGGAAGAUCCGUAUCCCUCAGUCGAUGAGGCGUACGGAUGGGUGAAGCGGGAGGCAGCUCGAUUGAAAAUCAUGUCACCGGCGUCCGAAUCACCCACUGCCGCCGCUGGAAACGAUUCAUCAUCGGGAAUAGGAUUCGGCUUUGGAGCCAAAGAACACCGCCAGCCACAACAGCAACACCGCGGCCAACCACCGCCACCACGUCAGAACCCAACCCGUCGGGGAACUCCAAACCAGACAAAUCGAAACUUUGGUGCUCCCACUGUGGAAUGCACAAGCACACGAAGGAUACCUGCUUCCAAUUAA